AUGUUCCUGCGUCUGUUGUUAUCGGGGGAUUUCGCGUGCAUCAGUUGUUCGGGCGGGGAGUACCUACGGAAUCGUGGUAACCCUUCGUUCUGCAAGGUGGAGGAGAAUUGUUCUGCCAAAGAUGCAUUGCCAUGUAUGCUAAAUCAAAGCUCCAAGCGCCUGUGUGUUUGGUCGCGCAAAAGGUCUGCUCCUAUGGGCUUCGUGACUGCGAGGUGCUAUUUGAGCUACAUCACUAAACACCUCCGAGGCUGUCGCGGGCGCGGGGGCAGGAAGCUUGAGGAUGUGCUCUCAUCGGAAGAAAGCACACCGGUUACUGAGGAUAGCUCGCUUCGCGAAGCCAGCGAGAUCCUGCUGUGUCAAGACGAAGCUACUGUAUUGGGUUCCGACGGUUGCGUUAUCGGUAUUUUGAACCGCGGAAUGAUAGUACGAUACGUUUUGGCGUUGUUGCGCAAGAAGGAACAAGUCAAACUAUCGACGCCCAUGACUGUUAUUUUGAGUCACUUCAGUGCUCUGCCAAACCCUCGGCACGUGCUCCCGAAGGUGAAGGAUAGCUCCUCACUACUGGAAGCACUGCCAGAGCUGCUUUCGUCUAGGAACGGCGCCGUUUUGAGCAUCGACUGCCCUACCGGCGGUCAACGCGUGCUGACUGUCUGGGAUGUGUUGCAGCACAUGUUGUACCAUUUGGUAGAGGAAGGUGAAGGUCGCAGCAAGUCCGCCGUAGUCCGCGGCGGCGUGACAAUACCGCUGCUUACCAUUGCGCGAGAUGAAGGGGAGCGUUCGGUGAUUCAGUUUGAGGGGACUUCAGCCUACACCCUCGGUGUGGAUUCCCUGGGCAACUUUGCUAUAAGUUCCGGUGAUCAGCCCAUGCUCGUCAUAGACAAUGAGCAGAACAUAUCGUUUCACAUGAACAAUCUGUCAGUACGUUCCGUCGACUUCGGUGGUGACCUGGUCGUGGAAGGUGUAUCGCAAUUUAAGAUGAUUUGGCGCGAAUCGUUUGUCGAUGCGCGGGGCUGGAACGGUACAGUUGACCAGGUUGGAGUUUCAUCUUGCGCUGGGAUUCCUAUGCUCGGUGGUUUCAAGCUGUUCGGAAGGGGGUGGGUGCAGAAGACAUUCAUUGAGUUACCGGUGCACCGUGAAUUGCGGAUAAAGGCAUCAUUUCACUUCCUUGACCAAUGGGCAGGAGAAAGUGGCUAUAUGAAGUUGAAUACUUCAUCAUCUGCACCUAUGGACUAUGUCUGGACAGACAUUCACGCUGAACAUUCCACCACGGGCAUAAAUAUUUGCGGAGGUGAGACGCCUGACUCAAAAUUUUCCGUGCCUAUUGAGGUAACGAUACCUCACAGCUCCGAACGUUUUACAAUAGAGUUUGGCAGCACGUUGGAAGGUGACGCCGUUCAGCAGUCUUGGGGCGUUUCAGGCCUGGAGAUCUACGUGCGAUAA